GGUAGGCGAAGGAGGGGGGGUGCUGGACGCGGGUGCUGUGGGUGGCCUACGGUGCAUAAUGAGUCAAGAAGUGCUUCUGAAGCUUGUGGUGCAUCAAAAACUUCCACAGAUUCGAGGAGAAUCCAAGGAGGAAAUUAUCCUGCAUCCAUGCUCAGUGCCAGGCUUGGAAGUUGGCAAGAUAGUGGAGAUCUCCCACCCGGACCUAGACUUUGCUCGUCUUUUGCUUCAGGUUUCAUCUGGAUCCCUCAGGGAUGAUCAUAAAGUGGACGCCGUCAGUGUGGACAGUACGGUGGUGGAGACGUUCCACCUGCGGGACCGGCUGUACGACUCGGUCAGCGUGCGUCUGGUGGACCCGGCCGACGCCGCGCUCGAGUCGGUGGAGCUGCUCUUCAAGGACCACUACCUUAACCGCAGCGACAUGUGGCGCCUCAAGAACAGCCUGGUGGGCAAGGUGAUGUACCACAAGAAGAACGUGGAGUUCUGCUCGCAGACGGUGCGCUGCCAGGUGUUCGAGAUGUGGUCGCAGGGAGACCGCGUGGCGUGCGGUCUGGUCACGCCGGAUACCAAGGUGGUGUUCCGGUCAGCCACCAGCAUGUUCCACCUCUACAUCCAGAUGUCAGAGGAAAUGUGGGACUUUGACGUUUACGGAGACCUGUACUUCGAGAAGGCCGUUAACGGCUUCCUCAGUGACCUCUUCAACAAUUGGAAGAGACAUGGGACCAACCACGAGGUGACCAUCACGCUGUUCUCCCGGCUCUUCUACAAGGCCAACUCGCUCAGCGAGUUUCCGGAGUACAUGCGUCACGAUGUACAGAAGGAUUUCCGCAACAUGUUCUACGAGGACUUCUACAGGGUUGCCGUGCAAAACGAGCGGUACGAGGACUGGACGCCCGUGCUCUCCACCAUCCGGCACCUGUUCAUGGGCUACCGGGAGGGCCUGCUGAACUUCCAGCGGGAGCGGGCGCCCCCUGGCGCGCCGCCGCCGCCGCGCGCCUCGCUCAGCUCGGCCGCCCAGGGCAACUUCCUCGAGGUGCUCAACAUCUCCAUGAAUGUGUUCGAGAUGCACUACCUGCACCGGGCUCUGGAGCGCACCGGCCAGAUGUGCGUGGUGGUGUCGCCCGGCGUUGGCGUGUACCAGGUGGAGCGGGAGCUCAACAAUCUGACCAAGCAGCGCAUCAUCGACUACGGCGUCGGCAUCGACCUGGUGUGCGUCGGCGAGCAGCCGCUGCACGCCGUGCCUCUGCUCAAGUUCCACAACAAGAGCCUGACGGAGACGCAGGACUACUACCUGCCACACACCUGGAUCAACCUCAGCUUCUACUCGUCCAACAAGCGGGUGGGCUACUCGGAGUUCGUGCCGCGCAUCAAGGUGCCGCCGAGCGCGCCCAAGGCGCCCGUGGCGCGCGUGCAGUCGGUGCUGCCGCGCGGUCGCCCGCCGCCCAGCGAGCACGCCAUCCCCAGCUCCGUGUACGACUACGACGCCCACGACGCCGACGUCUUCCGCAUGCCCGCCAACGCCACCUAUAAACAGGCGACGAUGACCCUGCAGCGCGUGCCGCCGCGCAAGCGCACCGUCACCACCUCGCACGUGAAGCCGCCGCGCCCGCCGACCGACUCGGCCGUCUCGUCGCCGAUCGCCGAGCAGGUGUACAGCUCGUCAGCCACCGGGUUUGUCACACCAGCGCGCGCCUCGCCGCUCGUGCAGAGCCCAGUGUCGCCGCCUGGUGAGCUAUACUCGUCGUCGUUCGGGUCCGUGUUCGGCAGUGACCGGUCCGACGGCGGCACGCUGCGGCGCGUCUCGUUCGACGACAGCGACGUGACCCGCUCGCCGCCGCGGCCGGCCGCCUCGGCCGUGUCGGCCUGUGACCUGAGCCUCAGCCGCGUGGCCGUGCCGCACGGGCCCGGCCGCGCCCUCUUCAACCCGUUCGACCCCAGCAACAUCGUGGUCAAGCACACCUCCAGCCGGCGCCGCUGGACGCAUAUCUUCCCCAAAGGUCCGAAGGGAGUGCUGUUCCAGCAGCACCACUACGCCAACGCCAUGGGUCUGGACCUCAGCGCCAAAGAUGCGCCGCCCUCGUCCAGCGAGCCGACGGCCGGCAGUCCGUCACUGGCCUUCUUGUGGGGUGCCUCCAGCACCGGCGAGCAGGAGUGGUCGGCGCAUAUCACCACAGCGUACAUCGUCGGAGUUUUAGUAGGCGUCGACUGGAAGUCGCUGACGACGCCGGCCUGCCUGCCCAUCACCACCGACUACUUCCCGGACGAGCGCAGCCUGCAGAAGGACUACCUGCUCACCGAGUACAGCAUCCUGCCGGACGACAUCAACAGCCCGGAGGACGCCGGCGCCGCGCACCGCCAGCUCAGCACGCGCGAGGUCUUCACCGAGAUGGUGUCGCAGCGGCUGUGCCAGGGAUUCCAGCUGAUCGUGUCGUCGGCGAAGCCGAGCCCGGCCAGCGGGGCCGCCGUCGGCCGGGCCGUCUUCCCGCAGCGGGUGCCCGAGGAGCGCGAGGAGUACCUGCUGAGCAUCGGCCGCAUCUUCCACCGGGUGCUGCUCAGCGGCUCGGCCAUCAACGUCACACACUACCGGCCCAGACACCCGUACCCGGUGCGCCGCGUCUCGUACCGGUACCGGGUCCAGUGUCACCACCACCCGAGCUACGUGGCGUGCGAGGCGGAGCUCAGCACCGACCGGCCCGAGAGCUACAACUGGAACUACCUCGACAACUACGUCUGCACCAAAGGCGGCUCGGACUUCCAGCUGAGCAACAAUCUCAAGUACUGGCGGUGUCGCUUUCUGCUGGUGCCGGGCGUGCCGGCCGCCGCCAGGGACGCCGCCGCCGCCCCCGCCGCCGCGCACGACUCGAAGACGCUCGUCGACAACUUCAUCAGGUUCAUCAGUGCCGUCACGUUCGCGCUGAACAAGUUCAAGCGGCAUCAGCCGACGUCGGCGCGGCAGCAGAUCCGGGAGCGCCUCUCCAGCAACCGUGUGGACCAGCGGAUCCGGGCCCGCUCCGGCAGCAGCGUGAUGAAGGUGCGCCAGGAGGCGGCCGCGCGCUCGCUCGCUGGCAGCGGCACCCUGCUCACCUCGGCCGCCACGGCCGCCGAGGUGGUGGACGUACUGCGCUCGCCGGAGCUCGGUCUGCCCUUCCUCACGCGCUCCGUGCAGGGCGGCCUGCCCGAGUUCACGUUCGUGGCCGCCGACCUGGUGCAGUGGGUGUACCAGCACGUGGCGGGCGUCACCAGCGAGCAGGAUGCCGUGCGGUACUGCCAGUACAUACGCCAGGAGAACAUCAUACUGCACGCUUCUCGCGACUUGACCCGGCCGUUCGUGAACGGCUUCUGCCUGUUCUGUGUCGCCGCUCCUGCCGACGGCGUGCAGCUGGCGAGCAGCGCCGCCCACCUGGAGCAGUUCGCCGACGAGUGGCUCGAGGUGGAGACGCAGUUCUGGUGGCCGCGCCCGGUGCUGGCCGGCGCGCGGUUCCUGGCGGCCGCGCUGCCCCGCCAGGACGACCCGUUCGAGUGCGUCAAGAUGCGGCGCGGCGCGCUGGACCUGGACGUGUCCGCCAAGUCGGACCGCUCCGAGUGGGGCGAGAUCGCCUACGAGAUCUCGUUCAAGCCGGACCGCGCCUACCAGUUCUGCAUCAACUGGCUGGUGGGCACCGGCAGCCUGAUCUCCGACCUGGUGGUGAGCUGGCAGCGACGGGCGCAGAACUCGGGCAUGCGUCUGUUCCCGGUGCCGGUGGUCAUGUGCCCGGGCAGCACGCGCGACAUCGACCCGCUGCGCAUCCCCGUGCACGUGCCGAUCCAGCUGGACGCCCUGCGCCAGGGCGGACGGCCGCUCUUCCACGGCUUCCCCCCGUCGACGUGGCGGCAGCGGCUUCUGCUGCUGCAGUCGGCCAUCCUGGAGCGGUUCGAGUUCGUGCGCCUGCGCGACGCCGCGCCCGGCCCGCCGUACCAGUACAUCCACGCCAGCGGACACUGCUUCGCGCAGAUCCCGGAGCCGGUCCAGACGGACGACGGCGAUCCGGUCCAGGCGGAGCUGCAGUGGUACACCAACUGCCUGCUGUCGCGCCGCUGGCGGGACGGCCGGCUGCAACUGUUCUGGCGGCAGGCGCAGGCGCAGGCGCAGCUGCAAGAGGCAACGCCCCUGCACGAGCCCUGA